AUACGUCAAAUUCGAAGAUAAAUUCAUAGUAAAAAGAACUCAUCACCACUUUGCUUAUUAUAACCUUCAAACUUCAAACAUGUCUGAAGAAACAAAUUCGAAUAAAACAAUUAAAAUUGAACCAAUCGAUGAUUAUCCUCAAGUUAAACAGGAAUAUGAUGAUUAUGAAGAUACAUCAGAUAUUUGUAUGGAUAAUGAUAUAUGUCUGCAGCAAUUUUUAAAAUCUGAGGUAACUAUCGAUGAGGAAAUAAAACAAGAAUCGAUUGAUGAGCAUGAUGCUUCGGUAACGCCCAUAUGUAACGAAGAGAUCAGUAAUUUAAGUAAUUUAGUGGAUAGCACGAACAAAUCAUUUGAAAAAGUUUCAGGAAAACAUAGAACAACUAAAAAGUUGAAAUCUUAUGAAUGUGAAACAUGCACUAAAACAUUCAAAACAAAGCAAAAUUUAGACCAUCAUAAGAUGAGCCAUACUGGAGAACGGCCUUAUGAGUGCAAAAUAUGCAAUAAAACAUUCAAAGCAAAGCAAAACUUAGACAAACAUAAAAUAAUUCAUACAGGAGGACAGCGUCAUGAGUGCCAUAUAUGCAAUAAAAUAUUUGCACUGGAAAGUAAUUUAAGAAAGCAUUUAUCACUGCAUACCGAAAAACGUCCUUAUAUUUGUGAAAUAUGCAAUAAAAAGUUCAAAACAAGGCGAUACUUAAACUUACAUGAUGUGGUUCACUCUGGGGAACGCCGUUUUGAGUGCAUAAUAUGCAAUAAAAGAUUUUCAAGACCAUCUAAUUUAAAAAGGCAUUUCUCAGUGCAUACUGGAGAACGCGCCUAUAAUUGUGAAAUAUGCAAUGAUAAUUUCACAACAAAACAAAUCUUAAACCAACACAAAAUGAUCCAUACUGGAGAACGACCUCAUGAGUGCAAAAUAUGCAAUAAAACAUUUAUACAUAUAAAUGGUUUGAGAUCCCAUUUACCAGUGCAUACUGGAGUACGACCUUAUGAAUGUGAAAUAUGCAAUAAGGCAUUUGCAAGAAAACAUUCAUUAACAAAACAUAAAAGAGUACAUGCUAUAGAACGUCCUAUAAGGAAACAGUCAACAAAACUUUUGAAUUAG